CAGAUUGAAGAGGAGGUUAAGUUAUUGAAGGAUCUGAAACUCAUCUAAUCUUCUGAUGUUAUCAUUUCACUCAAAAGUGAAUAAUGAGAUCAUGAACUUGCGAAAUUUUGUGCAAUGUACCUCUUGAACGUAUAUUCAGUCACCUCACAUAUUUAGUAGCGGUACAAUAUUCAACUUUUAUUCCUAAGAGGAUGUCUGUUUUAAUCGGAAAUGUCACUCGAUAUUUAUUGAAUAUUCGCAAAUAUGUUGGAUUUCAAUCAUCGUUAAUUGGUACUUCGAAUGUCAAUCAAAAAGGAAUUCUAUGUAAACCUACAGUUCAAUCUGAAGAUUUUCUAUUUCGUCAGCUAUUUGACACGACAUCAUGUACCUAUACUUAUUUGUUAGGUGAUUUAUUAAAAAGAGAAGCAGUGUUGAUUGAUCCUGUUCUUGAAUUAGCAGAACGAGAUGCAAAGUUGAUUCAGGAACUUGAAUUAUCAUUGAAAUAUGCUUUAAAUACACAUAUGCAUGCUGAUCACAUAACGGGUACAGGGAAGUUAAAAUCAUUAUUACCAGGUUGUCAAUCGAUAAUAUCUCAGAGCAGUGGUGCGCAAGCGGAUAUUUUAGUUCAAUCACACGAUAAAAUUAAAUUUGGACGACAUCAGCUAGAAGUUUUAUCUACUCCUGGUCAUACAGAAGGUUGUGUGACUUAUGUAUGUAGAGAACAAGGUUUGGCUUUUACCGGUGAUGCUCUUUUAAUUCGAGGAUGCGGUAGAACAGAUUUCCAAGGUGGUUCUGCAAAAACUCUUUAUGAGUCUGUUCAUUCAGUAAUUUAUAAAUUACCAGAUAAUUUUCUCAUUUAUCCUGCUCAUGAUUAUUUGGGAAGAAUGGUUACAACAAUAGCUGAAGAGCGAGCUUUUAAUCCUCGACUUACAAAAUCAUUGGAUGAAUUUAUCAAGAUCAUGGAUAACUUGAAUCUACCCUAUCCAAAAAUGAUUGACAAAGCCGUACCAGCGAACAAAGUUUGUGGCUUGUACGAAUGUGCACCGGUGGAAGAAAAAUAGAAAAUAGAGUUGGAGAAUAAAGUGUAUAAUCGUUGUUUUUUGUUCCACCACGAAAGAGAUGAGAAAAAAAAAUCCACUAAAACGGUGUGAGUGGCACGCGAAUGUCAAAGGGAAAAAGGAGAAUAGCGGUACGAUCAAGAUUCUAUUGUUAAAAGAGAAAUAAAACGAUUUCACUGGACUUUGGUGAGGCAUGUGUGAUAUCGUCAGUUCUUUGUUGACAGAUAAUCGCAUUUUCUAAUAUUUUUUUUUAAAAGUGUUAAGAAAUGAAAUAUUGGAGUAUUUUUUAAAUUAUUAAAUAGCUGAAAUUUUGUAGCAUACUAUUUAAGAAUUUAAGUAUUAAACAGAGAGGAUAUAUUUUUUUAUAUUAUUCUAUAUUAUUAAAGCAAUCAAUAUAUUCCAUUAUAUUAUUGAUUAUAUAUUAAUAAAUUUGAAAAAUGUUAAAUUAUCAAUGUCAUAUUUAUAUUUUUAAUAAUGACAUGAAAAGUGUAUUAAAUUGUUUAUAUGAUAUGUAAUCUGUUUGUCGGAAUCAGUGAUUUUUGAUAAAAACCCCUAUGAAUGUGAUGAAAGAGGGUAUAAAAUAAUAAAGGAAUCUCAAAGCUUAAAGGAAAAGCGAAAGAGUAGGGAGGAAAGGUUCAUGGUGUUAAGUUUUAGCUGUAGCUAUGUGUGGAAGUACGUGUGAUAGUGGCUUCGUUCCUGGGUUUUCCUACUGCAUAGUAGGGGGUUGAAAUCGAUACCGUUACCAAGACAACUGGUGGCUACACUACGCCCGACACAUGAGCGAGAAAACCUAUGGGCCAAGGCUAUUUUCUCUAACUUUCAUUCUUUGAUGUCCUCUUUUCUACCCUACAAUUUGUAUCUUUGAUAUAAAAAUUAACAAACAUGUCAACAGAAUAAAUAACAAUGAACAAAGAUUUUAUACUAUUGAUGAGGGGAUGAACUCUGGAAGAGAUCAAAAGUUCUUUAAAGUAGAAAAUUUGAUUUAUGAAAUAAAUUUUUUUUUUCUAAUUUAA